AUGAGUGCUAAUACUCCUUUGAAAAUUACUACAGACCAGUCGUUACAUAAAACUGAUCAACAUAUUGAAGGUGGAUUUUUAUCUUCAACAGCAGUGGCACUACCUCAACAACCAAGUACAAAACAAAGUGGAGAAGAAAACCAUACGAAAAAAAAGAAAUGUCGUGGCAAUCGAAAAAAGCAACGUUAUCGUCGACAACUUUAUAAUCAAGGUUUCGAUUCAGAUACCGUGGCAAAAUUUGUUCAGGAAAAGUUUCAUCCACAACUACAGCAAGAACAAGAUGUACAGCUAGUCGAAAAACAUGACUUAAUAAAUGGUCAAACAACAUCAUCAAUGGAUAAUAUUUAUGAUCCAUCAGAAAUCGAAACAGGAACGAAACGAAAAAGAAUUUUGUUAACACCAACACCAACUACGGAAACACGAUCCAUACUUGAUAAACCCAUAAAUCAAUUAUCAAUAUCACAAGCAGCUGCUAAGAAAACCAAAACAACAACAGCUGAAGUAACAUCGAUACUUGAUCAUCCUUUUAGUCAAUUAUCAAUAUCACAAGAAGAUGUUAAGGACACCAACACAACAACAAUAUUCGUGCAUAAUGAAGUUAACAAUGUUCACAAUGAUUCAACAAAUAAUUAUUUAGAAAAUUUUAAGCCACAUUAUUUAAAAGUAUCUGACCGAAUAUUCAAACGAAUGUUAGCUGAAGCCAUUGCAGAUGGUCCCAAAUUAGUUCAAUGUUUAAAUACUCCUGAAAAACUUUAUGCUGUACGUGAAUUAACUGAAUUUACAAAUGAUUUCUAUCAUAAAGAUUUUCAACAAAAAUUAUGGCAUGAAUAUUAUACUAUAAGUUAUCAAGACCAAAAGUGGGAAUCAAAAAUAACAAAAAAAUUUGCUUAUCAAAAUAAUACAUGUCGAAUGUAUAGACCUAACAAAACUUAUAUUCAAGAACGGCAAGCAACAAUUCCUAAACAAAAAGAACGAAUAGCCAAGGAAUUAAAUGAAUGUUUAACAAAAUUAUUAAGUAAUAUACAACAUUGGCAACCAACCCUAGAUGGAACCUUAUUAUCACAUGCAAUUAAUGAAUGUGUUCUACAUAGUCAAAAAAAAUUAAAAGAAGAAUUUCAAUAUAAAACAGAAAUGAUAAAAUUAGAUUGGAAUGAUCAUCAAUUACUUAUGAAGUUUUAUGAAUUACAACCUAAUGAAGAACUUAUUCAAAUAGCUAAACACAUUUGGCAAGUCACUGCCGAUGAACAAAAAACCAAGGAACAACAGCAAAUACUCGAACAACGUAUUUAUUUAAAACGAUUACCACCAGAAACGAAUAAAAUGAUAGACAAUUUACUUGAUGACAAUCGAACAACACUUUCUAAUCCAUUUCUUGAUCCGGACCAACGUGCUCAUUUCGCAUCACGUUGUUCGAAAACAAUCAUACAAUGUAAAUUCAAUUUGAUGAUUGUACAAUUAGAUGAAUUUGCAAUUAUUACACAUCGUUAUAAUUUAACAUUAACUAAUUUAAAAGAAAAAUUAUUAAAUCUUAAUAAGCAAUAUCCACAUAUUUAUACAAGUUUAUUGUUAGAUGUUAUUGAAGAACGUCGACAAGCAAUGAUACAACGAUUUAUUCGAAUACGUCAACAUAAAUUGAAGACUUUUUUCGACCAGGCUCCGACGGUGGACAACAAUUAA